AUGUGUUGCUUUGACCUCUCUCUGUUGUAUCUUCUGUCCUCUCCAGACUCUGUCAGGCUGGUGAAUGGGACCAGUCUGUGUUCAGGUAGACUGGAGUGUGUGAGGCUGACUUUGACCAGCAGGAUGCUCAGGUGGUCUGCAGGCAGCUGGGCUGUGGGGCUCCUUCAGUCCUCCAGGGGGCGCUCUAUGGAGAAGGGGAGGCUCCAAUGGGGACCACAGAGUUCCAGUGUGGAGGCCAUGAGUCUGCUCUGCCUGGACUGUAGCUCAGCCUCAGAGAGAAACACCUGCUCACCUGGCACAGCUGUUAGCCUCACCUGCUCAGAGCCUGUCAGACUGGUGGGAGGACAGAGUCGCUGUGCAGGAGACCUGGAGCUGAAGCAUCAGGGAAAAUGGAGACCAGUGAGCUAUAACUCUCCCUGGACCCUGGAGGCAGCAAAUGUUUUCUGCAGAGAUCUGGACUGUGGCUCUGCUGUUUCUGUGGGAGAGAGAAAGGAGUCCUCAAAGAGACGUGUGUGGUUGAUCAGAUCUACCUGUGUUCAGUCUGGAUCUGCUCUGAGGGAAUGUGCAGCAUCAGGUCCCUCUAAUUACAUCCUGUCUCUCUCCUGCUCAGAUCUGCUGUUUCAGCCCAACAUCUCUGUGUCCUCCUCCAUGUACGGGGUCUCCGGGGCCCAGCAGCAGGGGAUCCAGGUGUUCAGAGGCUCCACCUUCACCAUCAGCUGCUCCAUCCAGCCUCAGUACCCAGGAGGCUCCUUCCAGCUCAACUUCCCCUCCAUCAACUCAGCAAACACCUACUACUCACUGCCAGCUGUCAAUCACUCUGCCCACUUCCUGUUUCCUUCUGCAGAGCCCGCCCACCAGGGAAACUACAGCUGUGUUUAUCACCUCUUUGUUUUUUCUCAUAACUUCUCCUCUGAGAGCCGUCUGCUCUCUGUCACCGUCACAGUCACAGAUCCAGAACCUUUCAUCAUCCGAGCCGUCGUCCUGCCGCUGAUUCUGCUGCUGGUGCUGCUGGUGACCGUCAGCCUUUACUUCUACUGCAAGGCCACCAGGGGGCGGAGGCCGAGCCGACAGGAGGACAUUGAGCUGGAUUAUGAUGACAUUGAGCUGGAUUAUGAUGACCUGGAUGCUCCUGCAGAAGAGGAAGGGGCUCCGGGAGCAGAGUAGCACCUCCAACGACCUCCACACACACACACACACACACACACACACACACACACACACACACACACACACACACACACACACACACACACACACACACACACACAUUUGUUGUAUCACAUUAAAAAGAUAGCAUAUUUUCCUUGUUCUCAACUUGUAAAUACCACACCAUCAAUAUGUCUUUUCUGACUUCCUGUCAGCUCCAAGCCCAUUGGUUCCUUCUGAAGACGUAGAUCUUUAACAACAACUCAAACAUUUGGUUGAAUUUAACCAAAGUCAAAGCAGUUGGUGCAGUUUGAAACCAAAGACACAGCAACCCCGGCUGAAUAAUGUUAUAUAUAAUAAUGUAAUAAAACUAGUCAAAUAUCCUCUGAAAUCUGCAUUGCAUUACCUGAAGCCAAUAGCCGCGUUCACACCGCAGUACUGUUCACACUUUAGU